AUGGCGCGCUACACCAACAUCGGCCUGCACCGCAAGGACUUUGUGCAGUCUUCAGCACAGGAACAGUCAAGCCGCCAGCCCGAGCGGCACCAGGACAGCGGGUGGGCCGGACGCGGGCGCGGCGCACCUGUCGGGCGAGGAGGGCGAGGUGGGAGGGGGGCACGCGGCGGGCGCGGCGGCAAGCGCGGGGCAUAUGCCGGCGGCGAGCGCAAGGGCUGGGGGCGGGAUCCGGAGAUCGCGAAACGAGCUGAGCGUACGGAAGCACGGCGGUUCAAACGCGCCGAGGACCGGGAUGCGGGCACGACGUGUUUCGCGUGUCGUGGGACCGGGCAUGCGGCGCGCGACUGUCCUAAUAUCCUUGCGGCGGCGGAGGGCGCGAAUGGCAGCGCGGCGAUGCUCGAGGCCGACCAGCUUGCGCGCAGUGUUGGGUUGGUGGGCGGUGAUGAUGGAGAUGAGGAGGGCGCGGAGGACGAUGAGGAAGGGGAGGAGGAGAAGAAGGGCAAGGGAAAGGUCAAGGCAAAGGCAAAGGAGAAGGGCGCGAAGGAGAAGCUCACCGGCGGGCAGAUUACGGGCGGCAAGUGCUACCGGUGCAACUCGUCCACGCAUAACCUGCACAACUGCCCGGCGCCGGUGGACCCCGGGAACCCCACGCCGUUCGCGACCUGCUUCGUCUGCCUCGGUUCGGGGCAUCUGUCAGCAGCGUGCCCCAAGAACCCGCGCGGCGUGUAUGUCAACGGCGGGGCGUGCAAGAUCUGCCACAGUGUCGCGCACCGCGCAAAGGACUGCCCGACACAGCGCCCCGACGAGCCCGUCAAGGUUCGUGGCGCGCCUGCGCUUGUGCUCGGCACGGGCGAGGGUGCGGGAGCCGACGAGGACGACUUCAUGGUCACGCGCCGUACGGCAACGCCCGGCGAGGCGAAGGGUAAGCGCACGAAGCACUUGCCGGCCAAGAACAGCGCGCGGGGGCCGGCUAAGCGGCCCGGCGAGGAGGGGUGGUAUGAGCAGGCGCCGCCAGCGGCCAAGAAGAAGAAGGUCGUCUCGUUCUAGCGUAAUGGCCGGUGAUACAUGCACGUAGUGAUACAAUACAAGGUGGCAGGUGUUGGCGCGGCAGCCGCCUGCGCAUACUUGCGCGGCGUGUGGUGUGCGCGCUCCUCAUGCCCAUUAGUGAGCCUCGCGCUGCUAUUCGGCGAUGGCCUCUCCGUUGAUGGACACAAGGUCCGUGUCGAAUAGUUCGAUAAACUAACAUCAACACUGCCCGGCACACCACACCACGCACCUGCUCGUUCAAUACCCGCACCUUCAUCCCCGCGUACCGUCGGUACUCUUCAAGGAUACUUGACAGUGCCCAGCGUUGCAGCUUUCGCCAGC